AUUUUACAUUAUAUUGCAAUUAAUAAGUUUAUUAUUAUUAACCAUAUUAAUCUUUUUAUUGUUUAAAUCAAAAUCUCAUUUUGCAAAGUGGACUUUGUUUCAACUUUUUAUUUCUGCAUUUGGUAAUGGAUUUUCUGCCUUACCACCAAUAAUUAUGUAUGGUAAUGAAUUAGUUGAUCGGGCAUUUGAUUCUCCACUUUGUAUUAUAUCAAAUAAAAUUUCAAAUAAUACAAUAUAUCCUUUAGAAUUAUUUUCCUUAGUAAUAACAUUUUAUUUGUGGCACGUGUUAGUUACACAUAGACUCGAUAUCGAAAAAAAAUGUUUUUGGUACGUUUCUGGUGCGAUUUGGUUAUACACUAUUAUUUUCAAUAUUAUUGAGAUAUCUCGUUCAAGUAAACAAAAAAAUUGGGGAGUUAAAGUUUCUCCUUUAAAUUGUAAGGCAACUGAUUGGUCAAUUAAUUUGGUUAGUUUUUAUGCUUAUGUAAUACCAACUUCAAUGAUAACUUUUAUCGUGGCGAUCAUGACAUGUCAUUCUUCGGUUAUACUAUACAGACGUUGGAAAAAUUUUAAUAAUAAUAUGAAUAGAACAACCGCGAUUAGAUUGGGACACGCAGUACGCUUACAAAUUUGCUGUGUGACGAUCACAGCUAUGUUUUCACUCAAUCUUAUUCCAAGAAUCGUGUUCUUUAAUAAAAAUGUUGAUUCUCCAAUAAUAACAUUUGGCUCUUUUACUAUAGCAUCGGCUGGAAUAAUAUUGUUUCUGAUUUUUGGAACAAACACUAGAGCAGCAAUAUUUCUUCCGUUUUGUUAUUAUGUUCCUCCUGACAAACAACGAAUUCAGGAAGAACCAAUCUGCAUCUUAUAAGAAAUAAUUUUUUUAUUAUGAUAUCGAAAAAAUUUAUGCGUUUGAAAAGUUAUGAAAUUUGAUCUACAUUAGACAACAAAUAUAUAUGUAGUCCCAUGACCCAAAUAUUUCAUCAUUUUGGGGAGUAUGUCAUUUAUGCAUUCAUUUAUGUAUUUACCUUUUUUAUAUUAUCAUUUUAUAUGUUAUUACUAAGGAAGUAUCACUGUUCCAAUUUAUUUUUGACCGGGAUUAGAAAAUAUUCGGA